AUGAAGUUGGAUUUGAAAAAAAGUCUUCAUUCUCAAAUAAGUAGGUCUAUAAAAAAAGUAUAAAUCUUCCAAUCAACUUCUUAUUAACUAAUUGAAAUCAGAGUGAUCAGUAUAACCUCAAGCUAAUCUAAGUUUCAAAAAACUACAAUUUAGCCACCGAGAUCCAAGAUUUUUCCUCUUUCAAAAAAAAAAAAAUCCGAAUCCGAAUCUUGAAAAACUCCCAGACCCUUUCCCAUCAACUAUAUCAUACCAAAAUGAUCACCUUAACAAAAUCUACCAUAUUAUCUUAGAAAUAAAACAAUUUUCAGUCUACUUGUCGGAGCACCAAGAGGAGAAUCCGGUCAAACGGGUACCAAAAAAGCUGGCGCCUUGUAUGCUUGUGAUGUGAACACUUUCUACAAUGCCGGCUCAAAUGAAUGGUUUGUUUACUCUUAAAUAUUCGUUUAAAAAGGUAUUUUGAUACUUAUUCAGUUUCGAAGCAUUUCUGGUUAAACUCAGGAGUCACAGAGAACGUUUUAAAAUAUCCUAAAUCCUUGCAAAGUAUUCAGUUUAUUUUUCUUCCAUUCAUUGACAGUACCAAGUUUUGUCUUUUUUCGAAACUUUUUAAGCCAGAAAAGGUGCGAAUCUAAUAACAUACUAAAUUUCAUGAAUUUCGCAAAAAGCUAUCCGUUCCGAACCUCUCUAGGUGCCGUCAAAUAAAGAUGGAGUACGAAAACGAGGCCGAAUAUCAGCGACAGCCGAACGCGACGAAAGGCCGUGUCGUUCAUUAUUUGGGCAAAAAUGACCAACUCCUCGGCUCGACUGUCGUUUCCAAAGGGUCUAAAAAUGGAAGUGCUCUGGUAAGUUCUUGAAAGUUCUCAACUAUAGUCUGUGUGCGACGACUUGAAAUUUCACGAAACGACAUUCCGCUGUUCCGCUGCGUGCGUUCGCGAAGCGUCUUUCAAGUCUAGGUCACGCUUUCAACUGAUUGUUAUUGCUGUGGGAGCACAUGAAAGUAGAGUACCUUAAUAAAAGAAAAAAAAAAUUAAUUAAAAGCGCGACCAAGGUUCGUAAAGGCGGAACAGCGGAAUGUCGUUUGGUGAAAUUGCAAGUGGUACACAGGCUAUACCUCCCCUUUAUUCACGAAUCUUUGUUGUUUUUGGAAUCUGAGCUACUAAAAAAACUAAUUUUGAAGAUAUAACUGCAUCAUAGUGCUCAAAUACAUUAUGAGUGGUUUCGAAUUCAUGAAAACUGACCGAUUCGACUAGAAUAUACGUUUUAAACUUGACAGUAUAACUUUAAAAAAAAUAAAAUUUCAUUGAGAAGCAAUCAGAACCUGAACCAGAAACUUUAGAUUACUCAAGUAUUUCCUUUGAAAAAUUUCAAAUUUGAAGGUCCUUGAAAAAAAAAAUACUGUUCUGCUAUUUCCUUCGUUAAAGUCCAUUCAAAACUUUUUUAAAGGGCCCUGGACAAUAAUUACAAAAUUUUUGAGGCUUCGAGCCUUUUUCAAUGUUGUUUCAAGUCAUUCAAGGAUAUUUCUUAUCAAAAAACUUUUCUAAAAAGAUUAUAACCUUUUACCUCAUUACAAUGCUCAAAAAUCCUCUUUUCAGGUAAAAAUUUAUGUUAAUAAGUUUACAGAAACCUUUAGAUUACUCACGAAAACUUACCUUUAAACUAACAAAAAAAUGUUCCAGGUGUGCGCCCCACUGAUCCGGUACCAUUCAACGGCGGCUUUCCCUCAAGGCGCCUGUUACGAGCUUCAUUCGGACCUCCGAUUGGCCAGCACCUAUGCGACUUGCGCCCAGAAGAAUCUUCCAACAACGGAUCGCCAUAAUGAGUAUGGGUCCUGCAUGGAAGGCUUCUCGGCCGCGAUGACCAAGGUUUGUGGGCCUAAAAUUGAAAAGUUAUCAAAAACAUACACCGAAAAUCAAGAAAUUUGGUCAGUUCAACAACGGAAGAUAUCACACAAGAUAGAGAAAAGAGAAUUCAAGAGAUUUUUCCUUAAAAAGGAAUCUUCAAAAGAGUCAAAAACUGGAUAAACAACUUUCAAAAAAUGAGAAAACUUAGAACAUUUCAAAAUUAUCAUUUCAACCUGCUCCUAAUCAAGGUAGAACAAAAAGGAAUGAUGAAAACGAAAAUGAGUCGAAAUCACAUAUUUUACGCCCCUUUUGGCUCCAAAACGUCAUAGUUUCAAUUUUUUGAAGCAUUCUCAUCAGAAUUAAGACAUUGUUUCAUGUCUGUCAUUAAAAAAAUCAUGAAAAAUAUUUUUUUCAAAAAAAUUUGAAACCAAACAAAAAAAUAUAGCAAAAAAAUUGUAAAAAUCGAUAAAUUUUUCAUUGAAACACGCUUUAAGGAUUACUUAGAAAAAAAUAUUUUUUUAAUUUUUGCGAUUUUUCAUUCAGUAUUUUUUUCUUCUGUACUUUGCAAACAUUCUAACGUAUUCGGAGAUUCCAAAAAAACGAAAUUUUAAAUGAACUAACUCUCAAAGAUCCCUUUAUGUGUGAAAAAAAGAAUUGAAAACUGCCGAUUUUUCUAAUAAGUAAAUUUAAAUCUUUGAAAACUCAUUUUGGUUUCCAUUUUUUCCUUUUCCAGGAUACCAUCGUAACUGGUCUGAUCGGAGCCGUAAAAUGGACGGGCGGCGUUUUUGCUCACAAAUCCAGUGGCAAUAUUUUCGAGUCUGUGGUAUGUUUUGACUCAAAAAACGUGUUUCUUUUCUCACUAAAUCAAAUCUUCUAAUUAUAGGCUCAAAUUACAGAUCGAAAAGUACACGAUGGCGCAACAGGGCGAUUCGAUUCGUUCGAGACUUGUGGCUCACGAUUAUUUGGGUUAUUCGGUAGACGUUGGCCGAUUUGGCUUUUGGUUAGUUUCAAAAUUAUGGUUUAAAGUUUUUGAAUUGAAAAAAUGUUAUAAAGAAUGUUCAAAGUAAGAUUUUUAGGCUUAUAGUCUCGGACCUCGGACGUCUCUGAACAUUUCAAGUAACUAUUAAGAGUUCUGACGCCACUAAAAGGGCUACUAGAAAUGCUCAGAAACGUCCGUGACGCUUCCGGUUUGCGUUUAAAGGGUCCGAGAUCUGUUUGAAAAACUUUGUAAAACUUGUAUUUUUUUUUCGAACUUUCUGAGACUUCUUCUCAAGCUCUUCUUUUUUUUAGGUACGAAAAAGGCAAGCCAAUAACCGUCGUCUCUGGCGCCACACGUUUAGGAGAGCAUGGCGCCGUUCUUUUUCUACCUUUUCACCAGGUUCUUUGGAAAAAUCGAUUGAAAUAAUAAUUUUGAAUAUAUUCAGGACAGUAACACGAAAUUAUCCUUCACUGAAGACCGUUUCAUGUUGAAUGGAACUUCGAUGGGUUCCGGCUUUGGAUAUUCGAUUGAAGUUGUGGACCUCAAUAAUGAUGGGUUGGUUUUUCGUGAUAGAUGUUUUUCUUACGUCUUCAGAUACCGUUACCUUGUUUUCGUUCCCUAAGCAAACUCUCAAAUUUCAAAGGAUCAUUGUUUCGAAAAUGAAAAAAAAACGUCCAUUUUUUGCGACUUGAAAGGGUGGGACUUCUCUGCACCCUCCUAAUCUCUCGACGUCUUUCUCAUCUUCACGUGCUAUUUCUCUGAACUCGCCGGUGAGAGAGCAGAGAGACGCAGACACGCGAAAAGUGUCAAGUCGUGGCGAACGGACUACAUUCCCUUUACAAAAAUAUUUUUCAAAACUUCGGGAACCGAUCCCUUUACUUUUCCAGCACAACCUUAGACUACAGAAAACUUCAAAAAUAUUUCCGUUUACAAAAAUAUUUUUCAAAACUUCGGGAUCCCAUGACUUUUCCAGCACAACCUAGACUCCAGUAAGUUUCAUCAUAAUAUAUUUUUUUUUCAGAUUCGACGACCUAAUCGUCGGAGCUCCAUUCGAACAUCGAACCGGCUCUGAUGGACAGUUUGGCGGCAUAGUUUAUGUCUAUUUCUCACAAGGGGUCGAAAGAAAAGAGGUUUGUUAAAGGACUUGUAAAAAAACGUAACUUUUCUAAAAAUUUUGGUCCUCCAAUUUUUUUCGAAACUAAGGAAUGCCAAUUAAAGCUUCACAGUCUGACUUCUCUGCGCUCUCUCUUUGUUACUCACUAUUUCCUUGUUCCUAUAGUCUCACCAACGAGAGAAAAGAGAGCGCAGACAGGUCAGAAUGUUCAAGUCGGGCGAAUGAUGUUAAACCAGUUUAUUUCCGAAGUUUCAGUUCGAAUCAAACCUCGUCUUCCACCCGCCGAAAGUCCUCAAAAAUCCCGGAUUUUUCUCACAAUUCGGCCUGUCUAUCACUAAAUUGGGCAAUGUCGAUGGUGAUAAGAACGAUAUCAACGGUGGGAUUUUCUAACCUUCGAAAAAUCAAAAGUUAUUUAAGACUUUGCCGUCGGGGCUCCCUUUGCAUUUGACGGCGCAGGUGCUGUUUAUAUAUACCACGGGUCAAAGAAUCCGGAAAAAUUCAGACGAAAACCGGCUCAGGUUAGUAAAAAUUGCCGUAAAAAUGAGAGAAAUCUUGAAAAAAGUUAUGGAUAGUGUAUAUUCGAAAAAUUGCCACAAUGCUAAGAAUGUCCAGAGUUGUCCGUAUAGGGAUAAAAUCAAGGUGGUCCCUAUAGGGGUUAAGGGUCUGAUCCCUUCGUCUCUUAAGCUCGAGUGGUUCCUAUAGGGCUCUUAAAAUUCAUUCAAAAAACGCUUAUUUAUUCAGUUUUUCUCAUGGAGAUGCUUCUUCGCUUAGAGUUACCGACUAACAUGUCCCUUAUAGGGACCACUUUUGCAAGCUUUGGUGGCUCCUAUAGGGGUUAGUUAAGUGGUUCCUAGAGGGGAUUCUCGAAAAGCCGCUAAGGUUGACUCUAUGGGGACCAAUCUGCAGUUUCUAACUAAGUCGAAGUUUUGAGCUUCUCCUCUGUUUCUAAGAAAUGAAUAAGUUGGCUUCAAAAAUGUGAAUUAUCAGGAAUUUCUGAGAAAAAGACCCUGAAAUUCAUGAAAAAUUUUAAACGGAGCAAGAAGCUCUUUAUUUCGAGAAUUCUCGCUCUGUUGCUAAUUUUCUGAAGUCUUUAUCUUCAAUCUUAAAAUUCGAACGAAAUUCUGAUGUCAUGAAAAAAAAGGCAAAAACAGCCGCUAUAAUGAGAAAUUCUGCGCUCUACGGCUUUUUUUUUUCAAAUUUUUCAAUUUUUUUUUGCAUUUUUUAAAAUUAUUAAUGUGAAAAGCUUCAUUAAGACGAGGUGUCAAACUUUGAAAAAUUUUUCCGAAAAAAAGACCCUGAAAUUCAGGUGAAAGUAUGAGGCGAAUAUAAAAUUUUUAAUAUCCAUUAUUUCUUCUCGAUGAUCCCCAUUUUUCAGAUAAUCAAAGGCGACGAACUCCCAAACGUUUCGGGAAUGAGAUCUUUCGGAUUUUCCCUAUCUGGCGGCUCAGAUAUGGACGGAAACGGCUAUCCAGAUUUACUCGUUGGAGCCGUUUCUAAAAAUUUUGUCGCUUUGUUAAGGUAUAAAUUAAUUUUGCCUUGAGAUCAGAAAAAAAAUACUUUUUCAGAAGCCGACCAGUUAUCAGCAUUGGAACGGUCCAUAAAAUCCCCAGCAAAAUGAUCGACAUUGAAAAAGGAGUAAAUUGUCCGAGGGGCGCAAAAACUUGGUUCGUUUUUUUCUAUUGCAAUAUUUUUAGAUUUAAAAAAAUCAUACAAAUAAUAAAUGAUUUUUCUAGUUUCCCCAUGGAGAUGGUGAUUUUCGUCGACGCAGAAACUUCAAAAGGCGCUGAUUUCGUCGAUUUCAACAACGACGUGUUCAUUUGCAACUUGGAAGUGAGAUAAAUCAGAAUUUUUGAGAUUUAAAAAAAUUCUGAAAGACCUUGAAAACCAUUUUUGAGGCGGUUUUUUUCUAGUUUGAAAAGUGUUUAAAAAAAGAAAAUCAAGUUUCGAGUUUUUUUCUGCUUUUUUUGUUGUAAAAUUGUAUGAAUCACUCGUUACGACUUGAAAAAAAUCUGCGCUUUUUUUGAAUUCGAUCUGAAGAAGCAUGAAAAUAGCCCAUGAUUACGAGAGGGUAUAGAGAAUUCAGGCUUUUUUUCAAGUUUUUGGCAAAAGAUUCAUAUGAAAUUAAAAUUUCCUAAUAAUCCGAUCAAUCUAAAUUCUUUCCAGGCAAUCCCGGCAAGAGCAGAUGUUCCAGUCAGAGCCGUAAUCGAAGGAAAUCAUUCGAAUAACUUCAGUUGGCCGUGUGGAAGUAAUGCCCAUCGGCAGAGACAAUCGUACAAGCAGAUUAUAUAUAUUCCGGUUAGUCGAAAUUUCAAUCGUCUUAUAAGCUUCUUCCUAGGGAACCCCCCGCAGUUGAACAUUUGAUGCGCCCCCCGGUUGAAUUUUUUUGAUGAAACUUUGCUAAAAUGUACUUUAGGGCCUCCUGAUAGCAGGACAAGAAAAAAUGUCUCGCAGUAGAUCUUUUUCCGAGUUAUGAAGCUUUAAAGUUUGCAAAAUAAGCAAAUUAUGACCAAAAAGCGCUAUUUCAAGUUUUUGAAGUGUUCUAACUCGAAAACAAGAUCUAUUGCGAGAAUUUUUUUUCUGUUUUGGAAUCAGGAGUCCUUAAGUGCACUCUAGCAAAGUUUCAGCAAAAAGGGGGUAAAAAACGUUCCCUAAUCAGCUGUUUUUUUCAUCCCACUCAUUUCAACUUCGAUAUCGAAAAACGUAUGUCAAUUCAGGCCCACGACCAAGCGGCGAAAGAUUGGGUCAACCCUCUCAAAUUUCGAUUUACUGUACGGAUAAGGUAUGUUUUAUUAAAACUUAUGCUCAAUGAAAACCUUAGAAGUGUAAAAAGAGAUCUUUUUAAAGUCUUUCAAAAAUAUGCUGUUGCUCGAGGAACUUUGAUAAUGUACAAGCUCAGAAGCUGUAAACAUUAACGAGGGAGGUCAUUUACUUUGCGAUUGGGAUUUUUUUCAAAAUUGGCCAUAACGCUCCUUGAUGUAUCAGAAGAAGGUUCUGAAAGUCUCUCCCUGCGCAACUUCCUCGUUUUCAAGAAAAGACGCCUCAAAGUCGAAGAAAACUCUCAAAACCCAUAAAAAAAUAGUUUGGGGCUUUAAGCUCUUAUUUCUCGAAAACUGGGAAGUUAGGCAGGUUGAAACAUUCAGGAUCAACAUCUGGUACGUCAAGGAGUGUUCUGGCCAACUUUCAGGAAAAUAUUAACCUCAAAGUAAAAUGACCUUCCCUGUAAGAAUAUCCGAAAUGGAGAGUUCAGAGAAAAAGUGAAAAAUAUGGAGAUUUUUUUUUUCCUUAACCACUCUAGGGCCCAUUCUGGCGUUCCUAAAUUCAAAGAAGUCCAGAAAAGCUUUUUCUAACAAAAAAGUAUAAUUUAUUCUUCUAGAAACGAACGAAAACCGGCGCAGCCGCAGCAAGGUCGCCCCAUGGUCGAUUUGAAACAGUAUCCAGUUUUGAACAAAUACGGCGCCAGUUAUGAAUUCACGGUGGGUUCGAAAAAUUCCAACUAUUCGCACUUUUUUUUUGACUUAUUUAGUUGAUAUCCAAUGAAAAUAUUUGUUUCAGGUCCCAUUCAACACGUUAUGCGGGGAGGAUCACGUUUGUCAGACGGAUCUAUCAUUGAAAGCUUCUUUCAAAGACAUUCCUUUGUGAGUUUAUUUUUGAAGAUUUUUUGUUGGAACCAUGAAGCUCUUUUAACUAGGAAAUGUUUUUACGCCCCUCCCCCUCGAGCAAAUUUCCGUGUUUCAUAAAAGUUCAAGGGGGAGAGGUUGAAAAACGUUCCCUAGGAAUCGUUUAAAUGGGAACUAUUCACCCUCCCCCGCCUCCCCCAGCAAAGUUUCAUAAAAGUUCAAGUGGGGGAGAGGGUAAAAAGCGUUCCCUAGUAACUUCCUCUAAUUUACUUUUUCAUGUGUAUAGAUCUCGAAGCCGUUCAGUCAGUUCAUUUUUGAAAUAAUUAUUAUCUUUUUAUCUCUUGUCUUGAAAGAAUAUCUUUAAAAAAAGCCUUAAACGGUCCUCCAAGAGCUUAUCGAGGGCCCAAAUUCCUCUUACAACCCUUUUGGACUUUGAAAAACCAGAGUUUUGCUUCAAAAUGUUUCAAAAUUCGCUAAAAACUUCCUAACUUUACAUUUUAUCAGAACCGACAAGGGAUACGUCUCAAACGUCGGCGAAAAAGACCACUUGGACGUCACAUUUUCAGUGGAAAACCGCAAGGAAAAGGCCUACCAGGCUUCUUUGUAUCUCACCUAUGACGCUGAGGAGCUGGAGCUUCCUCAUAUUUUGGGUAAAAUUUAAACUUUCAAAAAUCUAUUUUUCUGGGCUUUUUAGAUAAGUAGAGGUCUUAAAAUAAAAAUUUAAACGACUUAUUUGCCUCGAGACCUUUUUUUAAAUUUCUCUAUGCGCCUUUAAAACUUGAGCAAGAGUUUCUGAGCAGACUAUAAAAGAACUUCGUUGAAAAAUAUAUAAUUUUCUUCAGGAAACAACAAAAAAUUGCCGUUGGAAACUAUUGGAAAGAACGUUGUCCAUGUGAAAUUGGGCAAUCCGAUGGAUGCUAAUGUUAAGGUUUGAAUCAAGAUUUUCGAUUUGAAAAAUUGAUUUUCAUCAUUCUUCCAGCACAACUUCGACAUUCGGUUCAAAUUAACACGCGGAAGAACUGAAGGAAUUGGAAGACCUUUGAAAUUUAUCGCUCUGGUCAAUUCAACCUCCCAGGAGGAGAAAAAAGGUAAUUUUUUGAAUAUUUUGGGCAUUUUUAUAAUUCUCUGGGCUUAUAAUAUCUUAAAUGCUUUCUAUUAAAAAUUGAGAAUGAUAGAAAAAAAGGGAAUAAAUAAAAGAAAGGAAAUAAAAAAACAAAAUUCUAAAAAAAAGUUUUAUUUUAGAUCAGCACUUCUCGUUUUCUCUCUUAAUUUGAAGGCUCAAACUCUCACUAAAAUGUAAAAAAAAAGUCAGCUGAAAAUUGGAAAAACCUUUAAAAAAUUGAAUACAUUCACAAAUAAAUCAUUUUUCAGAACUCUCCGACAACACCUGGGAAGAAGAAGUUCAAAUAAUCAAAAAAGCUGAGCUCGAGCUUUUUGGGCUCAGUGACCCUCCGUUGGUUCAUUUUGGUAGCAAUCCGACCAAAGGUUGGCUUAUUUUUUCAGAUAUUCCAUUUUUUAAGCUUCUAUGUGGUUCGGUUUCCGAAAAAAAUUGUUAAAUACUCUGUAAUUUUUGAAAAAAAAACCUUUAAACUGUAAGUUUUAUAAGCCGUACCAUCGGACAAAGUCUUUUUUUUUCCUUCUGGAAGAUCAGCUUCAUUUCAUACUAAAUCUGUGAUACUUUAUGCUAAAAGAAGCUUCCGAGACGAUUUUUGGACAUUUUGAAAAUGAACUUGAACUCAAAACCUACUUUUUCCAGAAGAACUAGUUCGAGGCGAGUCUUCGAUGGACCUAGAAGAAGAUAUUGGCGUGAUGAUCCGUCACAAUUUCACGAUACACAAUCACGGCCCUUGGACUGUUCGCAACGUCAUCGCCGAGGUCUGGAAUUUUUCUCUGACUGAUAGAAAAUAAAAAUCAAUAAAGAUUCUAGAGAGAUCAUGAAGAGGCUAUGAAGGCGUUUUCAUCUGUUAACCUUCUUAAAUAAAUAUUUUUCCAUUUAAAUAUUUUUCCAUUCAAAAAACGCGAUUUCCGAUGACUUUGUUGCAUUUCAACAUAAAAAAAGACUGGCAUGCUCACCUAGAGUUGUCACUAACUAAAACCCCUGGAGUGACCUCUUCUGCGAGCUUUAGGGCCACUAUAGGGCGGUCCCUUGAGUUAAACCUUCUAGGGCCCCUAAGAUUGUCCCUCUAGAGACCACUCUGGAGUUUCUAAGCUUUGGAAGUCGCUCCCAGAAAAUCUAUCAGUAGUUUGAAAAAAAGAGCCGUUUCUAGAAGGAUCUUGAAGGGAUACAAGGUUUUCCCAUCUUCUAAUCAUUUAUUAAAGCUCUUAUUUUUUUCUUACUUCUUUCAACAAUUCUAAAAUUCCAGUUCCACUGGCCAUACAUGGUGGAGUCCAAGUUUGGCAAAGGAAAAUGGGCUCUUUACCUUUUGGACGAGCCGACAAUAACUACCUUUAACACGGACGGCACCAAGGAUGUUAGAAAGUUCGUCCCACUUUCGAUUAUUCAUUUAAUAAAUUCAAUUUCAGAUGCGCCGUUGAUGAAAAGUACGAGUUUGUCAAUCCAGUUGACAUCAGGCUCAAUACGAAAUACAGUACCCAAGAAACGGCUACACGAAUUGAGCACCGGGUUAAGGUAAUUUCUUUCAAAACUGAUGGUGUAAACUAUACCAAUUAUGAUUACUCAUAUAUCAGUUUACAUCUCCCCUUGGUGGAUAAUUUUUUCACUAGCGAACUACAAUUUCACUGGUCCUUCAUGACGUCAUCAUGACUUACUAUGACGUCAUAUUUAUUAAAAACUACAUGGAUCGUGAUUGAACUACUUGUAUCAUCACUCAGGACCUUAUCUUCUUUUUCUCAUUCAUCGUAAAUUUUCCCUAGUAACACCCGAUCCUCAAACUCCUUUAUGACGUCAUCACCACUCUGGAUGACGUCAUAACUAUUAAGAAAAAUUAUGUAUAGUAAAUUUUUUUGUAUUGAAAUAUAUAUCCGUGAUUGAUUUGAUGCCCAUUUACUGUCUCAUGCUUAUUAAUAACUUUUUCUGAAACCCACGUCCGGUUUUUCAACUUUUUAGCCUUUUAUGACGUCAUCAAAAUUUUAAAACGACUUAGACUCCAUAUCUCACCGAAUUAAUGUUGUAUUCAAGACAAAAAAUUUCAUAAUCAAAGUCAUAAAAAAAAUGUUUCCAGCGGUCCCGCGCCGGCUCCCACCACGAUUCCGAAAUGCCAGAACCUCCGACUCAACCUCCAGCAGCUCAACUGGAACAGGAAUCAUCAACAAAAAGACCAACUUCGGCCGGUCUUUUCCGAAUUUCACCAUAUAAAAAGGAUGAAAACGGCUACGACAUCAAUGUCGUCACCAUCGUGAGUUUUCUUUUUUUAUGCUUUUGAAAGUUCAUGUAUCUCAUUACAUUUGUUGCCAGUCAGUACUUAGACUUUAAUCAAAAAGCUUUGACCGCACUUGGAAUGGCUCAGAGCGGCGCGUUCUCAGGCCCCUUGAACUGCAGCAGUAGAGUUCAAACGCAUUUAGUGCUUUCUGUCAUUUGAAUCAAAAAGACCGCGAAGCUUUGAGCCAUUCCAAGUGCGACAGUGGAAUAUAUACUCUAUUUUUCACGACCUGAAGCUCCUUGGUCGCACUGGGAAUGGCUCAGAGCAUCGCGGUUGCGUUUUUAGCAAUUUCUUAUCAUAGUUGAUUCACGGCUGGCUUGAGCCAUCCAAAAAAGGGUCCUGGCACGUGAAGAAAAGAGACAGUGCCUAGUUGGUGGAGGGCGCAGACAGGCCACGCCCUCCCAAGUAAGCCUUGAAUCGGCUAUAGUUCUGCUCCGAUACACAACGAUUAAACUUUCUCUCUUACUAUUUAAAGUGCCCCUCCGCGUUAGUAGUUUCCAGUCUGGCGCGUCCUAAAAACUCAACUGUAGCGCGGCCUUUUUAGCUAUUUUUUGAGACACCAGGCCUUGAAAAAUAGAGUUAUCAAGCCCUUCGUUGAUAAUUGUUCCAUUAUUUUCAGAGUUGUACCGAAAAAACGGCCAAGUGCUUCAAAGUCUCUUGUCAUUUCGACUUUAUCGACGCCAAUUCGGCACCUGUCGUCGACUUCCGAGCCCGACUAUGGAAUUCUACAUUCAUUGAGGUUUCAAUUGAUUUCUGAACUGAAAUAUCAAAACUUUCUUGUUCCAGGACUACUGGGACGUUGAAUACGUCGAAGUGAAGUCGUUGGGAAAAUUGAUCAUCGACGCGGCUCAAGGGAUCGAAGACGAUCCGGCGAAUAACGUCGUCUCGAUUACGACUACAGCUUAUCCAGAUCGACCAUCAUUAGGUUAGUUUUUGGGCCUUUUCUCUACCUUGUAAAAUGUCUUUUGGCUCUUCAGAAGCCUUCAAGACCUCCUCAAACUUAAAAAAGUUGAUUCCGAACCCUUCAAAAGCCCCUACCACUUGAUAAGCUAUCUAAACUUCUUCAUUUUAGGGCUUUUUUUCUGAUAUAUUGCUCAAAAAAGUCUAUCCUGGUCUGUUUGAAAUUCCACGGAACCGCCUAAAAACUAUCAAGAUUUUAAAUUAAGCUUCAAAAUAACUACACCUUUUCAAAUCUUUAAAAUGUUUAUUUCAUGUUCCUACAGCUUUCCAAAGCCGUUCAUCAACUUUUAAAACCUCCUGGGCAUCCUAAAAACUUCAAAAAACCUCCCGAACCUCUCAAAAAAUCCCUAAUAACAAACUUUUUCAGGGCAAGCACCGCAAACCUACUGGCCAUACUUGCUGGGCCUAGUACUGGGGUUGAUAAUCGUCGCCUUCAUGGUCUGCAUUCUAUGCAAAUUGGGCUUCUUCAAGCGAAAUCGACUCAGUGAGCCGUCACUUCACACGGCCCAACUCCGACACGAACGAGAGGAGUGGGCCCAAUCGAAAAAUGUAGCUCUUUUUUUCUUGUUUUUGUUUUUUUUUCUAGGUUUGA